CGGACCGUGUCUGUAAUCGUGGCUCGGUAUAAAUGUAUAGUGUCAAAUUAACCAUGUUGAAACGCAUAUUUGACAUCGUAGAAAUCAAUUGAAAAUAAUAAAAAAUGGUGUCAUUAAUAAAAAAGCAACUAUUGAAACAUUUAUCAAGAUUUACCAAGAACUUAUCUGCUGAUAAAAUAAAUUUAAGUGCAUUUAAAGGUGAAGGUGAACUGACAAACUUAGAACUUGAUGAAAUAGUUUUAACUGAUUUGUUAGAAUUGCCGUCAUGGCUUAGAUUAACAAAUGCUUGGUGCAAUAAAGUUUCAUUUCGUAUACAAUGGACCAAAUUAAGAAGUGUUCCUAUUUUUUUGAGUUUAGAUGAAGUUCAUAUAGAAGUAGAAACAUGUGAAGAUUUGAGAGAUUUAUCUUCUCCGCAAGGGCUUUCUUCAUAUACUGGUCCUGCAAAAUAUUCUUUUAUACAUAAAGUAAUCGAUGGUAUAACAGUGACUGUUAAUACUGUAUCAGUUACUUUCAAAAGUCCUGCAUUCAUUGCUUCAGUUCAGAUGAAUCGCAUUAUUGUGGAAUCAAAAUCUGCAACAUGGCUACGAUGUGAUUUAAGAACUACUAGAGUAAAAGAUCCUGAUCGUGGUCAGUUACUUAUUUUUAAAGAAUUAGAAUGGCAGACAGUUAGAAUAGAGGCACAAAGUACUAAAGAUAAGAACCUUACGCCAUUACGUUUACUUACGAAUCAAGCAAGGUGUCGGAUUACUAUUAAAAAAAGAAUAUCAGAUUGUUUUGUUAUGGGAUCAAGACUGAUUCUUAUAUUAGAUGAUCUCUUAUGGGUUUUAACAGAUUCACAGUUGAAAGCAGCACUUCAUUUUAUUGACUCUUUAGGUGGUUUGAUAGAAAAAGCUACAGUAUUAGAGCGUAAAACUAAAGCAGCUAGAAAAUUAGAGGUAUUGCCAGAGUAUCAAGCACAAAUAUCUCAACAAUCAAGGACAAAAAAUCAAUAUAAUACUGCUAUCUCUAAAAUUUUUACCAGAUAUGAUGUUGUAGAAACUUCAUAUCAUUUUCUUUGUCAAAGAAUUGAUUUACAUUUAUGUGAUGAUGCUGGUAAUGGUAGAUCCUCCCAUCCCGACUUAAAGGAUGGUGGAGCACUGCAAAUUUCAUUAGUUAGAUUUCAAGUUGAUUAUUAUCCAUAUCACUUAGCAAUGGCUGAUAGAAAACAUUGGGCUAAAUAUAAAGAAAAUGCUACACCUCACAGCCAAUGGUUACAGCAAUCCUUAAGUUCUUUUCGAAGUCAGUUUAUGGAUCUCAUAGAUUCUGGCAGAACACAGCAUUCUCCUUUAACUAGGAGUCAAGGAAACAUUACAGUUAAUAACACAAAAGGUUUAGGAGACAAUUCGGAAAAGGGUAAUCAAUCUCAAAAUAUAAACAUAGCUGUUGAUGACAAAAAAAAGUCGCAACAUCCUAGUGGUAAUCCAGUAAAAAAUUACAUUUUGGAACAGCUGGCUAAAUUAAUGACGACAUGCAUUAUAAUAAGGAUAGAUGAUUUUACCUUAUACAAAGUAACCACAACAUCUCGUAAUCCUGUACCAAAAGAAUUUGUUAUGGCUCAAACAAGGAAGAAACAUGCAACAGGUGACAGAGACAAAUUUUGUCUUCCAGAAGAUGUUACAAUUGUUCAUGCUGAAUUUACAUAUUAUUAUUAUCCUGGAGAUAUUACAUUUCCAUUGCCACCACCAAAAUUUUAUGUACAACUGAAUCCUAUCCAAGUAAACUUUGAUGUCUGUUCCUGCUUAUGGUUUAAUUCAUUUGCAUUAAAUUUAUAUCAUUCUCUAAUGAAUAAGGAUAAACAAUCAACAUAUACUUCCACUAAUUUAAUGUAUUUUGAUGUUAAAAUCGAAGCUAUACUUCCAAGGGUAGUUUUUGAAAGCCAACAAGAUUAUCCUAAUCAGAAGGAUAGGCCAAAGUCUUUGCACAUACAGACGUCGAGAGCGUCAAUAACAAAUGUUCGAUCCGCAGAAAGAUCUUCAAGAGCAGAUUUAGCACAGUGUGUAAACGCUUUUCAAAUGGGACAGAUGUUUUUUGCUACAGACUUUCCAAAUAGAUCGAAUGAUUUUCAUAUUCUUACAGAUAAAUUUUUGGCACAUUGCGCAGGCACUGAUAAUAUUCGAUAUCCACCACCUAAUUUUAGCAGUAAUUCUGUAAACGAAUUAGUUCGUCAAUUACACCGGGAGCUUUUAUGGACUGAAGCUAAAGACAUAUGGUGUUGUAAUUUGGAACCCGUUUGGGGAGAUUUUCUUGGUGCUCGUGCGGUCGGACAAAACCGACCUGUGCCGUUCCUUGAUGCAUUUCCUUUAACUCUAUGGUGUUACAUGUCUAUGAAAUCGUCAGAGAAAGAUUCAUCAGAAAAUAAAUCUACUGCUGACAUUCAUGGUCUUGCAUACAUAAGCAAUUUAGUUAGCGUGCAGAUAAAUCACUAUCAAUAUUUGUUCUUGUUAAGAUUAUCGGAAGUUUUAUCGGAAAUGGCAACGUAUCUAAAUAUUGAUUCUAAUAAAAUAUUAAAGGUUGAUUGUGGUAGUUCACUUGUUAUUGGUGCAUUGAUACCACAAGUAGAAGUAACAUUUGUCAUGCCGUCGCAUACCCCUGGUAAAGAAAAUUCUGGUGGUGAUUUGGAAUCCGUUAUGCCAGAUUCAUCUAGCAUAGCAGAUGACAUUCCAGGUUCGUCUAUUCCAUGGCAAAGUACAGAACGAGUUGAGAGCAGUAGUAAAAAGAUUAAUAUAAAUAAUGAAACAAUAACGCCACAAAGUGACGUAUCAUCAAUGUUGUCAAUGGAUUUUAUACAUUCUAGUAUACCUCAAACUGUUGUGACUUUUAAACAGAAUGGUACCAAUAAACACGAAAAUAAUAUGCAGAUAAGAAAUGUAGCACACGAUAAAAGGUGCAUUGCUGUAGAGGAAGAGAAAUCAUUGCCUACUUUAAGAUAUACUGCUGAUGCUACAAAUAAGCAUAGCAAAGGAGAUUCGUCUUCAAAUACACCAUUCAUUCCUAAUAAUUUCAACGUUGGUCUCUCUUCUAUGAAAAAAGGAUUAAGUAAUUUGAUGACAUCAAUUGAUUCAGCUUUGAAGGCUUCUCCAGAAGAUGGUAGCAGUGAUACUGUGUCUAUAAGAAGUGAUGUUAGUUCUGACAGUGAGAACUACGUUUUAAUUAAUCUUCAAGAUCAAGAAAAAUUAGAUACAAUGUUUUCUGUUGAUAAUUCAAUUAGAAUAACAGCAGUAGAAGAAGCUAGUGAAGUAGUUGAAGAAACUCCUGAUACUCAGAGUGAAAAAUCUAUGGAUAGUAUGUGUAAACGAAAGGAUAUUGUAUCUAUGGCAACAUUUAAAUUAUCUAAAGUUGAAUUUAUUCAACAAUCUCUUGGAUAUGCAUCAUCAAUUAAAGUUCAAAUUUCAAAUAUUGGUAAUGAUGAAUGUUCAUCUAUCCCAUGGGAUGAAUUUCAGGUCAAGAGAAAGACAAAAUUCAGUGCACGAUCACGAGGUUGGGUCGAAUUACCUUCAGAUUCUAACUGUAGAUCAUGUAUUAAACUACGUUUGGAUCAUGAUUUAAAAUGCAAGUCAGAUUCUUCGAAAUUGUCUCAAGCAAGUCGAGCUAUAAGGAAUAAAAAUAUGCACUUAAAUCAGAAUCAUGAUAAUACAGCUGAGGAAGAGGUAGAUACUACUAUAGAUGUACAUAACAAACAAAGUGUUUUGGAUUUGUUUGAAGAUAAAUUAGAAGUUAAAGUUACUAAUGUAUCAAUGGCCUUGGCUAUGAGUUCAAUAAGUGGUCUUACAGACUUAACUGAAGAUGAAAUUAUACCUAGGCCAAUACCAUUGCAGAUAUAUCUGGAGAGUAUAUCAUUGCGUUUAAAUGAAGAUCGUCCACCGAAUAAUAUAACUUCGCCAGGACCAAUUCCUAUAGAUUUGAAUAUUGCAAAGCUUAAGAUAGUACGAGAUGCAAAUGGAGUUUUUCAUAUCGAACCAGUUGUAAACCUGUUGAGCAGGAGUAAUUCCCUUGUAACACUCACAAGCAGUGAUACUCAAAUAGUCGAAAAUAUAAAUCAUGAAAUGGAACUAAAUAUUUUAAGACAGUCCAGUAAACAGUUGAAAUUAGAUAAUGAACAGCUUCGGCGUCGUCUCAAUGCUUUGGAGAAAAUAUCAGAAGAAAAUGCGAAAUUAAUACGUAUAAAAGAAGAAUCUACUGUAAUCAAAUCUCAUUUAAGUGCAGCACAAGAAGACAUACAGCUGCUUCUGAAAGAGAAAAGAGCCUUGCAAGAAACAAUAACAGAACUUCAAAAUCGAAUAAUUGGAAGUGGUCCAGGCAGCGCUACUCGUGCAUCUUGGUCAUCAAAGAGAUAGCAUACCAGUUGUUUUGAUUGUUCCAAAUGUUGUAGUUCGAAUAAGUCAUAAUAAUAAUUUUAUUAAUUGUUACUUUUCAUAUUCUUAGAAGUGAAAUUUUACACAGUUGAGUUAAUAUGUGUUUUCAUAGCAUCUAUAUUUAACUUAAAGAGAGAAAGGUAUGUCAUACUAGAACGUUUGGAUCCUUACUAUACGAAUUUAAUAUCUUACAUUGACUUUUAUGCUAGUAAUUGCCUUUAGCUAUUCAAUAGUCAUUAUUCAAGCUAUUGAAUAGUUAUUCAAAUCUAUUCAAGCUAUUCAAUAGUCGUUAAGAUAACAUUCAGUUAUGUAAGAUGCACUUACAUGAAAUAUACUGAUUUUUACUAUGAGCAAGUACAAGGCGAUAAAUAAUGGCAAUAGUAGUCAGUGUUUAACAUUUUCAUUAAUAAAACAAAUAAAGAAAAGAUUGGUGGAAUGAAUAUUCUGGAUACAUACAUCUGUAUUUAUUAUAUGCGAUAAUACACGUGCUAAAACGUGAUGUA